GACAUGGCCAGGGGCCCUGACAACACGCCGAGCUGGGCUCCGCUGGUGGUGCUGGUCGCCGUGGGCACAGGCAUGGCAGGGGCCCCCAACCCUGGCGCCGUGGCCAGGAUCUCCCAGAAAGGCCUGGACUAUGCCUGCCAGCAGGGAAUGGCUGCGCUGCAGAAGGAGCUGGAAAAGAUCAGAAUCCCCGACUUCUCCGGAAAAUUCAAGAUUAAGCAUCUCGGGAAUGGGCACUACAGCUUCUACAGCAUGCAGAUGCGUGGAUUCCAGCUUCCCAACUCCCAGAUACGCAUGGUGCCUAGCGUGGGACUCGGACUGUCCUCCAGGAAUGCCAGCGUCAGGAUCAGCGGAAGAUGGAAGGCACGGAAGAAUUUCCUCAAAACCAGCGGCGGCUUUGACUUGAGCGUCGAGGGUGUCUCCAUUUCAGCUGAUCUGAAGCUAGGCAGAGACCCCACCUCGGGCCACGCCACCGUCACCUGCUCCAACUGCAGCAGCCACAUCGACAGGGUCCACGUGCGCAUCUCAGGCAGACUGGGGUGGCUGAUCCGGCUCUUCCGCAAAAAAAUUGAAUCUUCCCUUCGAAACAACAUGAACAGCCAGAUCUGCAAUACAAUGACCCGGGCUGUGUCCUCCAAGCUGCAACCUUUUAUCCAGACUCUGCCAGUGACAGCCAAACUAGAUGCUGUGGCUGAAGUCAACUACAGUCUGGUGGCACCCCCAACAGUCACAGCUGAGACUCUGGAUGUGGAGCUGAAGGGAGAGGUUUCCAGGCGGGACCACCACAGCCCACCUCCCUUUGCCCCGCCGGCGCUGGCACUUCCUGCCGUCCACGACCGCAUGGUGUACCUGGGCCUCUCCGAGUACCUCUUCAACACAGCUGGGCUCGUGUACCAACAGGCUGGGGCUUUGAGCCUGGUUCUUAAGGACGACAUGAUUCCCAAGGACUCCCCAUUCCGUCUGACAACCAAGUUCCUCGGAACCCUCCUACCACAGGUGGCCAAGAUGUUCCCCAACAUGGAGGCACAGUUUCACAUCUCAGUGUCCUCCCCACCACACCUGUCCAUGCAGCCUGCCGGCCUGGCCUUCAGGCCCACUCUGGAGACCCAGGCCUUCGCCGUCCUCCCCAACUCCUCCCUGGCCUCCCUCUUCCUGCUUGGCAUGAGUACGAAUGCUUCCAUGAAGGUCAGCGCCAGGUCUGAAAGAAUUGUUGGCGAACUCAGGCUGGACAGGCUGCUCCUGGAACUGAAGCACACGAAUGUUGGCAACUUCCCGGUUGAACUGCUGCAGGCUCUCAUGGACUAUGUGGUGCCCACGCUUGUGCUUCCCAGGGUUAACCAGAGGCUGCAGAAAGGUUUCCCUCUCCCGAUGCCCGCCAGGGUCCAGCUCUACAACCUGGAGCUUCAAUCUCACCAGAAUUUCCUGAUGUUCGGCGCAGAUGUCCGCUAUGCCCGAAGUCGCCGGGGUGGUGGGGCUGUCCGGUCAUGCCCGUUCCGGUUUCUCAGGGGUCCAUUCUAG